AAAAUUAUAAUAGGAAAUUGACUACCUAGCCUACCUAAGUUACCAAAAGAUAAGAUAUCAAAAAAAAUCGAAGGAAUAUCCGACUAAUUCGACUUCGUAAAAUCAAACAUAACUCGAGAUAGCACAAGAAUAUUACGUGCUUGAUCUCCGAGAUAUCGGUGCCAUAAAUAUUUCUUUCUCCGCCCUCUGUUGAAUACAAUUCACGCCCAUACCCAUGCAUAUAUGUGUUUGUGUCCUCCGCACAGGCUCCACAUGCAGAGCUUCCUUCAAUUGUCUCUAAGAAUUGGGUUUAGUCUUCUAGUGGGCUGACUCCACAAUCUUGGGCUUGAAUUAGUCCAAAAUGUUCCACAUAUACACGGUCCAUUUCCACUACAUCCGAUCCAUUAUUUCUCCAUGACAGGGGAAAAUCAUCGAGAUAUCUCGCACACAUCACGGCCUGGCUAUUUUCACAUUUUACGGAAAAUAAGUGUAAACACUAUUUUUUUGAAGUCAAAGCCAAAAAUCUCUCUGUAUAAUGUGCGUGCCCCUCUCGCUCUCUCUCUGACCGGACCACUCUUCUUUCUCUUUCCCAUUCAUGGCUGCCCCGGAAUAUAGGCAGAGUGUCUAAUUUUGAAUUGUUAGCCAAUGUCGUGGGAAACGGGAUAUCAGAGGCUGAGGUACUUUUGUCAAAGGACUUCUCUGUUUGUGGUUGGGUUGAUUCGCUGCUUCAGUUCGGUGCAUCUUCUUCAUCUUUCAGGUGACUUCUCUCUUUGGUGCGGGCUUCAUCUUAUCAGGUGUUGAGAGCAAAUAAUAAAAGUGACACGCAGCAGUAAAAAUACAUAUAAAUUCUUUCACAAGACCGAACAGGACCAAACUGCCUACUGCAAUACAAGGGUAGAGAAACAGAAUGUGGCUACAAAAGGGUCAUCUGGAGAAGAAGGGCUCGAAUAACGGACUUGUGGCGGUUGCCAUAGACAAGGAUAAAGGAAGCCAAUACGCUCUCAAAUGGGCCAGUGAGAACCUUCUCUCCCGUGGCAAAACCGUCGUCCUCAUCCACGUCAAUCCAAUUGAGGAUCAUCAUCAUCAUCAUCAUCACCAUUCCGAUGCCGACAAUGGACCAGCAUCUCCUUACCGACAACAACUUGAGAGGAUAACGAGGGAGCUUUUCCUCAGCUUCCACUGUUAUUGUACCCGAAAGGAUAUUCACUGCUUUGACGUGAUCCUCGAGGAUGCCGAUGUGGUAAAGGCAAUAACAGAGUAUGUUUCCUCUGCUGGAAUAGAAAACUUAGUUCUCGGUGCUUCAUCCCGCCAUGGCUUCAUGAGAUUCAAGACGUCGUCAAUCCCAACCAAUGUGUCAAAAGGGGCACCUGAUUUCUGCACAGUGUACAUCAUCUCCAAAGGAAAGAUCUCCUCCAUGAGACAUGCCUCUCGGCCAGCUCCCUAUACAUCCCCCUUGCUUGAGCAGAUACAGAAUCUAAAUAAAGAACACACUGAUUCUUCUGAGAUACAAUCAGUAAACAGCUUGCGAGCUGAGAGAACGCCUAUCAAACAUCACGGCGUGCAUGAUGACUCCAUCAAGUCGCCAUUUGGUCGAGGCAGGCAUCCCGGUGGGAUUCCUUGGGGAGGAGACACACCCGAAUCAGAGACUGACAUAUCAUUUGUUAGCUCAGGGCGACCGAGCUCUGAUCGGUCCUCCUCCGGCUUCUUGUACGAUAUUGUUGAUGAUGUAGGCCAUCCCACAAGGCUCUCCACUAGCUCGGAAGGCUUUGGAUCUAUUCACUGGGGAUCAAAAUUCAGUGACCAGAGCUCUCUUCAUGAGUUUUCAUCGUUUUCACAUGACAGCACUGCAACAUCGGAUUCACAUUCAUCACAUCACCUGGAUGAGGUGGAAGCAGAAAUGAGGAGGCUAAAGCUAGAGCUGAAGCAAACAAUGGACAUGUACAGCACGGCCUGCAAGGAAGCACUUACAGCAAAACAGAAGGCAAUGGAGCUGCACCGGUGGAGACUAGAUGAAGAACGGAAAUUGGAAGAGGCGCGACUUGCUCAGGAGGCUGCACUCUCUAUUGCGGAGAAAGAGAGAGCCAAGUGCAGAGCUGCCAUUGAACAAGCUGAGAAGGCUCAGAAGAUUGCAGAAUUGGAGGCUCAGAGGAGGAUCAAUAUGGAGAUGAGGGCCCGGAGAGAAGCAGAGGAGAUGAGAAAAGCUUUGGGUGGAAUGCAGAUGGAAGAUGUGAGAUACAGGAAAUACACCAUCGAAGAGAUUGAAGCUGCUACUGAUUGCUUCUCCGAGUCUCGCAAGAUCGGAGAAGGUGGUUAUGGUCCUGUCUUCAAGUGCUACCUUGAUCACACGCCAGUGGCUAUUAAGGUAUUGCGCCCUGAAGCAGCUCAAGGAAGAUCACAGUUUCGGCAAGAGGUUGAAGUGCUUAGUUGCAUAAGGCAUCCCAACAUGGUAUUGCUCCUGGGAGCAUGCCCCGAGUACGGAUGUCUGGUCUAUGAGUACAUGGCAAAUGGGAGCUUAGAGGACCGUCUGUUGAGAAGGGGCAACAGCCCAGCCCUUACUUGGCAGCACCGCUUCCGGAUUGCUGCAGAGAUAGCGACGGGGUUGCUGUUCCUCCACCAGACUAAGCCCGAGCCCAUAGUUCAUCGCGACCUUAAACCGGGCAAUGUCCUGCUGGACCACAACUUCGUCAGCAAGAUCAGCGACGUGGGACUGGCAAGGCUCGUGCCUGCAGUGGCAGAGAAUGUGACGCAGUACCACAUGACCUCAACGGCGGGGACUUUCUGCUACAUCGACCCCGAGUAUCAACAGACAGGGAUGCUGGGUGUGAAGUCCGACCUGUACUCACUGGGAAUAGUGCUCCUGCAACUGAUAACAGCAAAGCCACCAAUGGGCAUCACCCACCUGAUCGAGGGCUCCAUAGAAAAGGGCAACUUUGCGGAGGUGCUGGACCCGUCUGUGCUGGACUGGCCAGUGGAGGAAGCACUGUACCUUGCCAAGAUAGGCAUCCAGUGCGCGGAGAUGAGAAGGAAGGACAGGCCCGACCUUGGCAAGGUCGUGCUGCCAGAGCUCCUGAGAUUGAGGGAAUUCGCGGACCAGAAAUCCCCAACAACAAGCAUCUGGUAUUGCGGUAGCAGUGGCCCAUCUCCAGUCCAUAGUCAAGUAUCUCAGGAAGUACUGAGUGAUGCAUUGCCUGGGCAUUCGGGAAGUUCGAGGACACAUUCGGAAACAUCAUCCAUGGUGACAACUGGCUCAUGAUCAAUAUAUAGAACAAGGGACGAGAGAGAGUACGCUGAAUGCCAACAGCGACUUCCUAGCUCAUUUUUGGGUUGAAUAUGAUAACGAGUAUGAGAGGACUGGCCGAUAUCAUGUGUGCGUGAAUAUGUGCGCUAACUGAAAUAUUACAGAUUUCACAUAAUCUUCCAAAUUAUAUCAAUCAAGCCCGGUAGAAAUUUAA